AUGCCUGCUCCUCUGGGGAAUAUCCCCGAUCUGAAAAUUGAUGAGACAGCAGAGGCGGCUGUUGAGGAGCCUGUGUCUGAACUAUACUCACACCCUAAUGGCUCAAACUCGUCGUUCACACACUCAAAUGCGUAUCGCUACUCCCGAUCGCGCUCUCCCAAACGUGUCUCGUCACCAAUAAGAAAAGGGUCUCCAACGCGUCAGCAACCCUUCAGAUUUGGAUCCAUCACAAUGAAUAACUCCAGCGAAAACCUUUCUUUGAAGCCCGGAAGUACAGUCCCCAUGAACGGCCCAAGAGCUUCAUAUCGACGUGGUCACAGAUACAAGCAUUCCUCCGUGUCGAUGAACAUGUUUCAAGAGCCGCCCAAACGUACGUCGGUGCCAAUUCCUCAGCAAUACCCUCUUCCAACUUACAAAGAAGUGGUCGCAACCCUGAGCUUACAAGAUAAACUUAAGCUUGCAUACUGUGGUUUCCUAAUUUUGCUCAGCCUGGCAACCUAUUUAAUAGGCUUCAGGUUCGGUAAUCUUUGUCUGUCAACGCUUUCGCAUCUCGUCUUUUAUCACUCCAUUGGCAACUUGAUUACUGUGAUCGUGCAGGUCAUGACCAACUUCCCAAUAUGGAACGACUCGUCGCUGAAGUAUCCAUUUGGACUGGGCAGAAUAGAGGUGCUGGCCGGAUUUGGGCUGUCAGUGUCUCUUCUCUUUGUGGGUGUUGAUCUUUUUUCCCAUAUCUUUGAGAACGUGAUGUUCACUCUCGCUCUUGGAGACCUCGAUGAGGCCGCCCAUGCUCACCAUGUUCACGGCGAAAAAGGACAUCUCAACCUGGUGUUCUACGAGUGCUACCUGUUAACGAUCUGUUUUGUGACAUUACUGUCACCUCGUAUCAUUUCAAGAACGAAGAAACCGGCUGAGCCAGUCAUUUUGCGCCCCAAAAGAGUAAAUUCCAUCACUUUACAAGAAGAGCCGGUGGUCAAUAUUAAGUCGCAGAUUAAAAAGACCCAAAACCAACUCUCCAAUUAUACAAGCAUUCUGUCAAUUGGCUACGCAGUCUACGCCAUGAUGUACCCCUUUGUUGCGCAUAUAGAGCUGGUGACGGCUGUAAACGAAAUGUCGAGCCUGAUCUUGGCCUUCACGGUGCUAUUUCUGGCAUGGAGGCUAAUAUCUCGCCUCUCGGGAAUUCUUUUGCUGCGCAACCCCCGCACCGACAUUGAGCCUCGCAUUGUCCAGAACAUACAGUCAUUGGAAGUGUACAAAUCAUCAUACAAAAUCGGACGGCUAAAGAUUUCCAAGGUUAACCACAAAAUAUAUGUGGUUAUUCUCAGCAUGCGCAUGGCUGGGGCCUCGGACGACGACGAGUCAAAAAUGAGAUUUUACGCUUCUCGUAUUAUCCGCAGCAUUAUGUGCCAAGAUGAGGCAGCAGAGGUCGAUCUGGACGCUGAGUUCGACUACAUGGACCAAUCUGGCGAGCAAUUCGAAAUCACCAUCGAUAUCCAACGGGUGUAG